AUGUCCUUUUGUUCCUUCUUCGGUGGUGAGGUCUUUAAAGACCACUUUAAAACUGGUAAGAGGCUCCUCAGCUAGCUAAGAUAGCAAGUUAGUCAGUUACAGUAGCUACAGUAUUUUAGCUAACUAAACUUGUAAACAUGAGAUUAGUCAGUAAAAUUAACUUCUACAUCUGCAUUGCUUGCUGUUUGGGGUUUUAGGCUGGGUUCCUGUAUAAGCACUUUGUGACAUCUGCUGAUGUAAAAAAGGCUUUAUAAAUACAUUUGAUUUGGUUUGGUUUGGGACGUUGUGUGGCACAUAACUAUAAAGUCUAGCUUGCUAGUUAGUUAUAUUGUUAGAUAUCACUGGUGAAUAUUUUACAGUAGCCCAACUGUGUGUGUCCUAAAAUUGACUGACCUAAUUUAUGCUCAAUCAGUAGCUAACUAAAAGUAGCAUGCUUUUGUAAUCGCUGAUUACACAAGGGCCACGUUCCGUUGCCAAACGUUUUCGAACGUUGCAGAUAGAAAUGCCAUGAAUAGAGGCGACGUGAGUCCUUCGUCUACAUGUCAGAGAGCAUGUUUGUUCUACAUAGCUAACAUAUUUAUAUCUGAACGUUUCAAAACGUUGCGUCCUGCUGAAUGCGCCCCUGGCUCUUACCAAACCAUGACGGAAGCUUGAACCACCAGUGGCAGUUACACUGUAGCAACUAACUCUACUGUGCCAAGAAAACACAGGUGCUGUAAACCAAACAUUAGUAGUUGCAGUAACUAUAAAGUAUAAUUGAAAAUAUAAAUGAUAUUAUUUAUAAGUAUACAAUGUAGCGCCUAUACAAGUAUAUUUCGAUCUUAAAGUUGCCACUUAUGUCAUCAUUUCAAAUGUAGGUUUUGACAAGUCAUCCUUUAACAUCACUCAAAGAGAAUGUGUUGAACAUGGAUCCCUCCCCAGGGUUGAUAGAUAACAAACCGGUUUCCAUAAGGAAAUAGUGCGAGUCAACUGCACUUUUAUACUCUCAUUGUCAUUUUCACUGGUCAAAUCAUCCUGUAACUUCAUUGGAGAAUGUGUUGACCAUAGAUCCUAGAUCUCCUUUUGGCUGAUCUCACUCUAAUCUUCUAUCUCCCCAGGGUUGUAUGUGUGUGCCCAGUGUGGACACCAGCUGUUCUCCAGCAGAUCCAAGUACGAGCAUUCCUCCCCCUGGCCUGCCUUCACUGAGACUGUCCUCCAGGACAGUGUGUCCAAGCACGAGGAGAGACCUGGGGCAUUCAAGGUGAGAUCCUCUCAGUUUGGGAGUGGAGUUGCAUUGGACCAGAGUUGUGAAGUGUACCCUAGGUACAGAUCUAAGAUCAGCUAAGCUUCCCCUUCCCCAAUCUUAACCAUUAGUGGGGGAAAUGCAAAACUAACCCAAGAUCAGUGUCUAGGGCAGUGGUCACCAACCGAUCAAUCACGAUCGACUGGUCGAUCUUCUAGGCAUUCCUAGUCGAUCACCAAACAUUUCUGUAGAAAAUCCCACGAUAAAGGCUUGCACUCCUUUAUUUAUUUUUGUAUUCGACUUUGUGCUUUUGGCGGAAGGUGCACUUGAUUCCGAAGCCCUGUGCGCCGGGUAGGCAAAGUGUUCCCAUUUUAAACCAUUUAAUUUGUCUGAGGGGACAAACUCCGCUUACCCUGCGGACCAGGAGAGCUGUGUCUAAAUCAAGUGCUCCUACUGUGCUAGCCAAUCAGAUCACUCAAAUCACCUAGUACAGAUUCCACGACCCCACAGCAAAGUUUGACACUAGCCUACGUUAGAUUUCAUAACUUUUAAAACCAUGACCAGAGAGAAACUGUCAAGGAAUACAACAGAGCUGCUGUUUUUAUGAGUAAUUUAAUGUUUACGUUUUUAUUCAGCACUGUUUUUAUUCAACACUAUUACAAAACAUAAAUGCACUUCUCCCUACUUCCACUCGUGCUGCAGCUGCAAUGAAUUAGUAGCCAAGUGUAUCGAUAGCCCUGCAUUUUAUUAUUAGCAGCUCGUCAUGUCUAUUUUAAUAUCAAGUAAUAUUUCACUUUCUCUGGUCAUAGAAUGAAUUUGUGCAUGAGGCAGAAAUAAUGAGAAAUAACUGGAGUUUCGCCAUCAGUGGGUGGACAUUGACCCUCUCUGGUCAGUCUCACCGGAGGAAAGGAGAGAGCAGGGACCGUGAGAGGCGGACCCUCUGCUGCUCUAUCCCUCCCUCCGCUGAGACUGACCAUCAGAUGCAGGUACCAUUAGUCCAGUAAAAUAAAAAAGUACAUUAUUUCAAUUUAUGCUCAGCUGUGCCUCGCAAGUGAUACAACAACUGAUCUAUUUUGUUAUCAAAGCUCGAGUUUUGAAAUAUAUAAUAUGGUCUGAGAAGAACAAUAUUGGCAGGCCAAGCAUAUAGUCAAUAUGCUGUGAUAAUCUAUUAGGCCUACUUCACAAAUGUAAUUCCUACAGAUUUGUUUUUAUAAAAAGUAUGUAAUGUUUAAAAAAAAUCGGAGCAGUUUAUCUCGGCUUGCUUUUUGACUGCGAUAGUGAUCUUGACUCAGAAAAGGUUGGUGACCACUGGUCUAGGGGCAACUUAACCUUACUCCAUAGGAGCAUCCCUCUGUUGACUGUUCAUUGUUAAGUACUUGUCUGCUUGUGGUCAAUGCAAUGAUGAGCCAAUGUUCAUUUUAACAGGAUGUGUGUAGAGUAUUGCAUUCCAUUUCUGCAUUUGUAACCAGUGUUUCAUUUUGAACUUGGGAAGGCCCUAACAAUCAUGUGUUUGAUAAGUUGAUUGUACACUGAACAAAAGUAUAAACGUGUUGGUAUCAUGUUUCAUGAGCUGAAAUAAAAGAUUUUCCGUAUGCACAAAAAGCUAAUUUCUUUCAAAUUAUACACAAAUUGGUUUACAUCCCUGGUUGUGAGCAUUUCUCCUUUACCAAGAUAAUCCAUCCACCUGACAGGUAUGGCAUAUCAAGAAGCUGAUUAAACAGCAUCAUCAUUACAUAUGUGCACCUUGUACUGGGGACAAUAAAAGGCCACUCUAAAAUGUGCAGAUUUGUCAUACAGCACAAUACCACAGAUGUCUCAAGUUUUGAGGGAGCGUGCAAUUGGCAUGCUGACUGCAGGAAUGUCCACCAGAGCUGUUGCUAGAGAAUGUAAUGUUAAUUUCUCUACCAUAAUCCGCCUCCAACGUUAUCUUAGAAAAUGUGGCAGUAUGUCCAACCGGCCUCACAACUAUAUGGCAUCAUGUGGGCAAGCGGUUUGCUGAUGUCAACGUUGUGAAUAGAGUGCCCCAUGGUGGCGGUGGGGUUAUGGUAUGGCCAGGCAUAAGCUACGGACAACGAACACAAUUGCAUUUUAUCGAUGGCAAUUUGAAUGUACAGAGAUACCGUGACGAGAUAUUGAGGCCCAUUGUCGUGCCAUUCAUCCGCCGCCAUCACCUCAUGUUUCUGCAUGAUAAUGCACGGCCCCAUGUCGCAAGGAUCUGUACACAAUUCCUGGAAGCUGAACAUUUUCCAGUUCUUCCAUGACCUGCAUACUCACCAGACAUGUCACCCACUGAGCAUGUUUGAGAUGCUCUGGAUCGACGUGUACGACAGCGUGUUCCAGUUUCCGCCAAUAUCCAGCAACUUUGCACAGCCAUUGAAGAGAAGUGGGACAACAUUCCACAGGCCACAAUCAACUCUAUACGAAGGAGAUGUGUCACGCUGCAUGAGGCAAAUGGUCACACCAGAUACUGACUGGUUUUCUGAUCCACUCCCCUACCUUUUUUUAAAGGUAUCUGUGACCAACAUAUGCAUAUCUUUAUUAAUCCAUAGAUUAGGGCCCAAUGAAUGUAUUUCUAUUGACUGAUUUCCUUAUAUGAACUCUACCUCAGUAAAAUCGUUGACAUUUUUGCGUUUUAUGUUUGUUUUAUGAAUGAAAACACUUAUUUCUUGGUAAAAAUGUAGCACAUAGAAUUGAGUAUACUAUUGUAUGGAAAGAUGGAAUCUGAUAGUUGUGUGUUUCAGGUCCGAUGUGGGAAGUGUGGAAAUGGACUGGGUCAUGAGUUUGUGGGCGACGGGCCAAAGAAAGGACUCUCACGUUUCUGAAUAUUCAGCAGCUCACUGA